CUUUGAACUCCUUAUUAGAAUAAAUUUUUGUGAUAAAGGACUGUGAAAUCACAAAAGUGAGGCACUGUGGACGUGCUAGUUAGACGCUGGCAGUAUUGUGAUUCUUUACAGGAUUUUUUUUAAUGACAACAUUCACAGAACUUUUAAAAAAGUAUCUUAACAUGUCUGUUAAUUGGUUGCCACUGAUACAUAAGAAAUAUAUUUGUGUUUUAAAACACAAAUGCAAGAGUACAGUUUUUAAUAUCUAGAAGUUAGGGGUUCUUUUGUUAACGAAAAACAGACUGACCCAAACCAUUCGAUCUCACUGGGAUUUUUAGGCAUAGAAACUGAAUUAUAUAAAUAUGAAAUAAACAGUGCCAGUAUUCUUGAUAAAGCGGGGAACUAUAUAACAUUUGUUUUUAUCUGUUCAUUAAUUUUUAAAGGCAUACUCCUGUUUUUUCUUGUGUUUUAUUCUUAGCUUUUUUUCCCUUCAAAAUUAUCAUUUAACUAUUAAACUGCCAUUUAUUUCACAUGGAAAGAGGAUUUAAUGUUCUUGCAUGAAAAAUAUAAUAUUCUUUGUUUUAAUCAUGGAAUAGCAAGUUCAAUUGUGCCUUUGUUUCCUGAUCCAAACAAGCCUGUAUUUUUCACUUCACUAGAAUUACUAUAUUGCUGGGCUGAUCGGUCUCCACUUCAUGAAGCGGCAGCUCAGGGGCGCCUACUGGCCCUGAAAACUUUAAUUGCACAAGGUGUCAAUGUGAACCUGGUAACAAUUAACCGGGUCUCUUCUCUCCAUGAGGCGUGCCUUGGAGGACAUGUGGCCUGCGCUAAGGCCUUACUGGAGAACGGUGCCCACGUCAAUGGGGUGACAGUUCAUGGAGCCACGCCCCUCUUCAAUGCUUGCUGCAGUGGCAGUGCUGCGUGUGUCAACGUGCUGCUGGAGUUUGGUGCCAAGGCCCAGCUCGAGGUGCAUCUGGCCUCACCCAUCCACGAAGCCGUGAAGAGAGGUAAUAGAGAGUGCAUGGAGAUUCUACUGGCAAAUAACGUUAACAUUGACCAAGAAGUGCCUCACCUCGGAACUCCCUUGUAUGUGGCUUGCACCUACCAGAGACUUGACUGUGUGAAGAAGCUUCUAGAAUUAGGAGCCAAUGUUAACCACGGUCAAUGGCUGGACACCCCUCUUCAUGCUGCCGCCAAGCAGAGCAGUGUGGAAAUCAUCCACCUGCUGAUAGACUACGGGGCUAACCUCAAGUGCAAAAAUGCCCAGGGCCAAAGCGCACUUGAUCUGGCAGCUCCAAAGAGCAGCAUAGAGCAGGCGCUCCUGCUCCGGGAAGGCCCACCUGCUCUUUCCCAGCUGUGCCGCCUGUGUGUCCGGAAGUGCUUGGGUCGCAACUGUCACAAGAUCAUCCACAAACUAUACCUGCCGGACCCACUGGAAAAAUUCCUCCUUUACCAGUAGUCCCAACUGUCUAUAGGAAGAUGCUUGGAAAUAAAGAGGUUGUUGCCUGCUGUACCCAGGGUGCCUAGUGUAGAUGCACAACAGCUAGACUCCUGGUGUCUUCACAUGAGCUAAGCUAGUUAGAGCAUAACACUGAUGAACUGGAGUAUGUGGGGAAUGGAGACUCCUGAUUAAUUUAGCAUUCUUUUUAACCAAGGCGCAGUCAGAAACCUUUUCAUUUUUAGUUCUCGUUAAGAAAUUUUUAAAAAUUGUGAAGUAGAGUGAAACUAGUAGGCAGUUUUUCAAGAUUCAUGAUUCUCUAUUAUCUAAUGGUUACCAUUGUGAAUAGCAUGUAGACACGUAAAUCUGGGUGGAUAAGAUUAUGAUGAAUAUAAGUCUUGCACGAUAGAUUCUUGAUUCAGUUAUUCCCUCCUUCCCCUUUGUUUCCUUUCAUGAAUAAAUCUCUGCUAAAAUUUUA